CACAAGCCCCAAUUGAUCCCUCGACACCGAGCAUCUUCCCACCGUACGAACCAACAUCCGUCAAAUAGAAUGGAAGAAACUUUGAUCAAGGUCACUCUCGUCAUCCUCGACUUUCAGCAGAUACGCUCUUGCAUUGUGGGUGAGCUAGCGCUAAACUACUACAAUGUGCCACGGGUGCUGCAUGAUAUCGAAAUUUGCGUCCCUGAGGCCCGUGUCCCAGAAGCCGCCGCAUUGCUCUGCUCUACGGGACUUUUCAAACAGUCCCCUGCGGUGAAGUCUGACUUGUUCACCGAGUACAAGCAGGGCUACCCUAGGCUGCAACCGACUCUCUGGACUCCAGCAGCCUGCGCAGUUAUCAUCUUGCCCGACACUCUUUUCGGAUUACAGCCGCUCGAAGACGCCAUCGUCCGGAGGGAAGAGUGGGAUUCAUCCCCACUCCCUAGCAAACAGAUUGUAGACAUCAUUCCCUCUAUCGACCUAGCUGCCAUCCCAGUCCCUCGUCUUUCCUCUCUCCUUGUCGGCCUUUGCCGUCGUUACUUGGAUCAGGCGGAUGAUGCUGCGAUGAUAGCCGCAGAGCAGUUAGUUGACGGCAUGAACUUGGAUCAGGAUUGGUGCUCCAGGAACAUCUCUGCUGCCGGCGUGGAUGUGUACGAUCUAUCACAGCAGCUGAUCCUAGGCAAGUCAUCCCGGAUGGACCAGUUUUCGGGGAACGAGAUCACUUGUUUCGUCGCGGACGAAGCCGAGGCGAAGAAGCUACGCGAUAUUCCAGGAUCGGGUUGGGCAUCAGCAUAGGAUCAGAAACACCAAUCAUUCAUUUAUUGCCGCCUCAAUCAGUUUGUUUAGGGGCAUACGCGCCCUAGGAGGGGCCGGGCCCGGUGUAGCCAACAUCGAUCACCAACGUCAAGCAAGAACCGCCAACAGUAAAGGUGAAACUAUAAUUAGAGAGCCUUCUGGGCUAUAUAAACGUGUGACCUGAAUCACUGAAUCUCAUCUGACAAGCCCGCCUCUUAGCUCCGUCAUUUCUUCCACAGCAUUUCCCUAUACUCAACUCUAUAAUGAUUCAAGAUCGUCUUAACGACGCC